CGGUCAUCACUGUGCGCUCCCUGUGAUGCCGGUGGUUGCUGUCAAGGUUUGUUGUGGCUGCGAAACAAUCCGCAACAACAACGUUUCCAGCUGUGCUGGUGCAUUAAUCAUCUACACACACAAGCAAUGAAUCCAGCAGCCCUCCAUCAACAUGACGUACAACAUGGAUGAAUUGAAAAAGCGUUCCGCCGUAGCGAGUACUUCACACAACAUAAUCAACAAACAGCAACCCGCGCCCAAACAUGAAAAGGUGCCAGAAUCAUCGAAAACGAUCACGGACAUCACCCGUACCCAUCGAACAGCGUACGUCAUCUUCUUUUCGCUACUGUUGGAUCUCCUUGCGUUCACGAUGAUACUGCCGUUGCUUCCGUCCCUGCUCGAAUAUUACCGGAAGAAUGACAACCAGCUGUACGGAUAUCUGGCAAACAGUAUUAAACAAUUCCAGGUGUGGAUCGGUGCCCCGGAACGAUUUACCAGUGUCCUAUUCGGUGGUGCGCUCGGUUCCAUGUUUAGCUUCCUGCAGUUCCUGAGCAGUCCGAUCGUCGGAGCACUGUCCGAUUAUUACGGUCGUAAACCGCUCAUGCUACUGUGCGCGACCGGCAUUGCUGCUUCGUACGGAAUUUGGGCGUACUCGGAAUCGUUCCUGCUGUUUGUGAUCGCUCGUUUUGUCGGUGGCAUUAGCAAGGGCAAUGUUUCGCUCUGUAUGGCCGUGAUCACGGAUGUUUCAAACCAGCAGAACCGUGGCAAAGCGAUGGCCCUUGUAGGGAUUGCAUUUUCGCUCGGUUUCAUCGCGGGUCCAAUGAUCGGUGCAAUGUUUUCGCGGUUUUCGGAUAAGACAGGUACGCUGUGGUUUUUCGCACCGGCUAUGUUUGCGAUGCUGCUAGCCGUGGCAGACAUUCUUUUUCUGACGAUGUGUCUGAAGGAAACGCUACCAAAGGAGAAACGAUCGAACCGUAUCAUCAACUCGUUGUCGCAUGCUAUCGACCAUAUCAGUAUUAGAGCGUUGUUUCGCUUUUCCGCGGUGGAAAAUCUGUCCCAGAAGGAUGUACGCUCUCUGCGCAGCUUGGGCGUAACCUACUUUUUGUACCUUUUUCUAUACUCCGGACUAGAGUUUACGGUGACAUUUUUAAUGUACCACAAGUUCGGCUACACGUCAAUUGAUCAAGCGAAAGUGUUCCUCACUACAGGUGUACUGAUGGCGCUGCUGCAGGGUUCGGUUGUGCGUCGGCUUCCUGAUCGAUUGGUAAAAGCUUCGGCAGUAUUUGGACUGUAUCUAAUCAUUCCUGCCUUCAUCAUCGUCGGUUUGGCCGAGUCUUCCCCUAUGCUUUAUCUGGGCAUGAUUUUAUUUGCCAUCUCCACCGCCUUCGUGGUAACGUGCAUGACUACAAUCACAUCGAAGUACGGCGACUUCCACCAGAAAGGUACCGUGCUGGGAGUGUUUCGCUCCCUGGGAGCGCUUGCACGAGCGGUCGGACCGAUCGUUGCGUCCGUAGCAUUCUGGGGUGUCGGUGCUCGGUUAACUUACAUCGCCGGUGGUUUGCUGCUACUGUGGCCCGCCCUUAUGCUGCAGUACUUAAAGCUGUGAAUUGUGUAUCCCACCGUAACAUACGUUGUUUUUUCCGUCUUUUGUAUUGUUAUAUUAUGCAUAUAUUUAUAAAACUACAAGAUCCGUAUUGAUAUUCUUACAGUAUUCUGUAAAAUUUCCUUACCAACAGACUUUAUAAAAACAAUGGUCUUGUUGGGGUUUCGAGUCUCUGAUGUAGUUGAGUAGUACUUUUUUCUGAAACGAUUAUAAAAAUCUCCAUCGUGAGAAAGUAAUGUAGAAAAAUCAAAAGUUAGGGAACAUAAAAAGGAAUAAAGCAGUAUUCAAUCGAAUAGUUAAAGUAAAAGUUGAAGAGCAAUAUUGUGAAAUAGAUAAGCAAAGUACAUUUACUAAUCAUCACCGUCACCAUCAUGCAACAUUGAUA